AUGGAUUUCCAAAAGCUGCUGCUGGAAGUAGGGAAAAGCUUGGGCCAAGAUGAGCUGAAAGCUUUAGCUUUUCUGUGCAUGGACCUCCUGCGCCGAAACCCAAACUCAGUGGAUUCUUUCCCUGACCUCUUCUCGUCUCUAAUGGACAAAGACGUCCUCUCAGCUGAGAAGCCGCAGCUUCUUACUGAACUUCUCACCAUCAUCCGGCAGCCUCGUCUGCUGCGGGAUCUCCAUCUCAGUGCCCAAAUCACCAGUAAUUACAUCUCUGCUUACAGGAAGCUGCUCUACAGCCUGUCAGAGGAUAUUACUGAUGAAGACCUACGAAGUAUGAAGUUCCUGCUGAACAGCAAAGUUCCACGUAGAAAACUAGCCGAAAACACUACACUGGAUGUCUUCUUGGAGAUGGAGCACUUGGAUCUCAUUAAUGAAACUAAUCUCAACAAGCUGGAGGAAAUAUUUAACUCGGUGUGUCCUGUGCUGAAUCUAAAGAUCGACCAGUAUAAAGCAGAAAUGGGUCGACCGAGAUCUUUGUCUUUACCUUCCGAGUCAAAUGAGGUCCCCGCAUCAUUUCAAAGGACCGGCUCCUUGGGAAGAGGCGUGCAACCGAUGCCUCCGUCUUUUCUGCCGUCCAUGAAUUCUUCCAACUCAUCCGAUGAUGUUGGUCAAGUUGGAGUCAUCUGUCAGCCCCUGCCAACAAAUAAUGUCUCGUAUGGAUUGAACAAAAUGGAGACUCAAGGCGCCACAAUGACUGAGGCUCAGAAACAAAUGGAGGGUUUGGAGACGUAUCCAAUGACGGCAGCAAAGAGAGGCAUCUGUGUGAUACUGAACAACAACGACUUCUCUAAAUCAGAUGUAUCCCUGAAGGAUCGAGUUGGAACUGACGUCGACGAGCAAUCUCUGAAGAGGGUGUUUGAAUGGCUCAACUUCGAGGUACAGAUACACCGAGACCUUGUCAAGGAAACGAUGCUGUCUGUGCUUAAGAUGCUCGGCAAGGGAGACCACAGUCAGAUGGACUGCCUGGUGUGCUGCGUUCUGAGCCACGGGAAGGAAGGGAUUGUGUACGGAGUGGACGGCUGCACUGUUACAAUCAAAGAGCUGAUGGACCCCUUUGAUGGACUGGGGUGCGUGUCGUUAGUGGAAAAGCCCAAGCUGUUUUUCAUCCAGGCCUGUCAGGGCAACAAGGAGCAGAAACCUGUUGAAAUAGACGGAAGAGAAGAGGAAGAUGAUGACGACUAUAUUUGUAGUGAUGCAAGAGUUACAGAGUCCAUCCCAAAUGGAGCAGAUUUCCUGCUGGGAAUGGCCACUGUUCCCAGUUAUGUGUCCUUCAGGGAUAGGACUAAUGGCACCUGGUAUAUCCAGUCAUUGUGCCAAAACCUUAUCCAGAUGGUACCAAGGGAGGUUGACCUCGUCUCCAUCCUUACAAAAGUGAAUGCAGAUGUUAGCAGGAAGAGCUGUCCGUAUGGUUGGAAAAAGCAGAUGCCUCAACCAGCCUUCUCACUUCGCAAAAAAGUGAUCUUCCCAGUUCCCAAAAUGCCUCCUCCAGACGCCUGAGCUGUCUGAUUGCUGGACUUGUACGAGAGAUGAUACACAUAUCGUUUACAUAUUUGCAAUGUGUGUGUUUUACACCAGCCUUUUUAUCAACUUUUUGAAAGACUUGCCAAAAAUUCAGCACUUUUACUUUACAUUUAGUAUUUGUGAUUGAUUUUCAGUACAUGCAAAUCACACA